AUGAGUAAAAAAGGUCAAAGCAACGUUGCUGUUACUGCAGAUAUAAAGAAAGUAGUUUGGACUGAAAAACUGCUAGAAGAUUAUCUUGACAUAUGUAUUACUGAGAUUCAUGCUGGCAAGGAAACUGGCCUUGGAUGGGAUCCGGUGAAAAAGACAAUUGAUGCACCCAAUGAUUGGUGGGAAAAAAAAUUGCAGGAAGUUCCAAAAGCAACCAAGUUUCGCACGACAGGUUUGGCUUAUGCUAUGAAGGUGAAAAUAUUGUUUAGAGAUAUAACUGCCACCAGGGAGGGAUCUUGGGUACCAUCCAUAGGGUUGGUUCCUAAUGAUAUUAGUGGCAUUGAUGCUGCAACUGUAAUACUUGAUGAAGAUGACAAUGUUGUAGAAGGUCUAGAUGUUUUGGAUGAUAAACCAAAUCUCAAUACACAUGGCAUUAAUGAUAUUCCUGCAUAUUUAGAUACGCAGGAUAAAAAAAAUAAGAAGUUUGGUCUUGCGGUUCAAUGUAAGAAAAGAAAGAAAUGA